CUAUUAGUCUGUGUCGCUAAGCACACGACACCGCGACACCGCGGACUGAGUGAGUGGUGGAGGAUGUGGGUAUAUUGUGGCUCACGGUUCUGGGGAGGUGAUGGGGUGCAGUAACUGAGCCUGGUGAUGCCCUUCUUGUUGGCACAGAGAAGUUAAGCAGCUUGGUAGAGUCGCACAGCUGACAAGCGGAGGAGUGCAUUGAGCCUGAGUCGUGAACGCCCACCCCUCUGGCUGCAAAAAACGCUUGCCAUCCUGCGGAAAACCAAGACAUCCAGUGGCACGCGUGGACUCUGCGCUCAGUAGCGGUGGUGGGCGCAGCCGAGAAGACUGGUCUUGCAGCAGAUGUCGCUUCUUACCGAGGUAUAAGGCAAUAAGGGGACCCCAGCCCUGGACUGAUCGAGACCCCCACCCGAGAAUCCUACCGCGGGGAGAAGGGGUUCCGACGCACGCUCCGCCGCAGGGGGGCGCCCCUGGCUGGCCGCUGCUUGGCGAGUGGUCCCCGCCACAGGGCGCGUCGCCUUCAAGAAGAUGUCGCUGUCCGGCGGGGAGUGCCCUGCUUGGCCAGGGACUCGCCUGUCCUGGCUGUUAUGCUGCAGCGUCCUGUUGUCCCCAGCCGCCGGCUACGUGAUUGUGAGCUCGGUGUCCUGGGCUGUCACCAACGAGGUAGAUGAGGAGCUGGACAGCGCGUCCACCGAGGAGGCACUGCCCGCGCUGCUGGAGGACUCGAGCAGCAUCUGGCAGCAGAGCUUCCCGGCCUCAGCGCACAAGGAGGACACGCACCUGCAGCCUCGGGGCUCCGCCCGCGCCAGGCCCGCACCGGCCGCGCGUGGCAUGUUUUCCUACCGGCGAGAGAGCGGCUCAUCCGAGGCAUCCCCCGGCCCCAGGGUGCAUGCCGGUACCGCCCGCUCCCUAGCCCACGCUAGCUCCUGGGGCUGUCUGGCCACGGUGUCCACCCACGAAAAGAUCCAAGGACUGCCCUUUGGGAGCUGUCUGGCCAUCAGUGAUGGCCCCGUCCACAACAGCACAGGAAUCCCCUUCUUCUACAUGACAGCCAAGGACCCUGCGGUGGCUGACUUGGUGAAGAACCCCACAGCCUCACUGAUGCUGCCGGAGUCUGAGGGAGAAUUUUGCAGAAAAAACAUCAUCGACCCAGAAGAUCCCCGAUGUGCCCGGUUAACACUCACUGGCCGGAUGGUCACGGUGCCACCAGGGGAGGUGGAGUUUGCCAAGCAAGCCAUGUUUUCAAGGCAUCCAGGGAUGAGGAAAUGGCCCCGCCAGUAUGAAUGGUUCUUCAUGAAGAUGUUGGUAGAACACAUCUGGCUUCAGAAAUGGUAUGGAGGUGUAUCUGACAUCCCGAGGGAGGAAUACUUCAAAGCAGCUCCAAGAAAGGCCUGAUGGUAACACAAAAGUCCUGGGGGUUUGCAUUAAAACGAAGACUUUGAAGUGAUGCAGCCAGACAAUCUCUGACUGCCGUCUCUUUGUUUGAAGGGUGCCUAGCUGCCCUGUCAUCCUACAGCAGAAUGAAAAAGGAUGAACAGGGAGCCUCGGGCUAGAGUUGAGAUUCAUUGGAGUGGUCCUUUGCCGAUCCAUCAUCCACGCAGGCACUUCACAUAGAAGCGGUUCUGUUUACACCGUACUCAAUCCAGACACACCCAUUUGGAAAUCGUGGUUGUCAAAAUGGAAGUGGUAGUUGCUAGUCUGUCCUUUAAAAUAAAUAAAUAAAUAAACAACGCCUGUAUGUAGCAUGUUAUCGCCUUGUAGCGUGAGAACAUUGUGUUGCUUACCAUGCAAAUGUCAUGCUUUGGAUGGAAGCUCAUGGCAUAAAAAGAGCUGAGCGUGUAGCACACAAGGUGACUGUGGGUUCAGGGCAUGGUGGAAGGCUUUUCAUCAGAAGGUUAUUCACUUCGUCACUGAAUUGCAGAUGUAUUUUCUAGAACAUAUGGGUCACGCAGAGAGCCUUUCCUCCACUGUAGUAUGUAGCAAGUCAAGUAAGCACGUUCAGUUUUGUGCAUGGCCUGUUUUGUGUGAGCAGACUACAGCAGAAUAUUAACAAGAAUGAGGUAGUUUUGCCAUUGAGCUUCCAGAUUCCCCACUGUUAGUAUUUCCAGUAGGAAGUUCCCCUCUACCAUUCAUGAAGUGUGAUAUUCAAAGUAAGAAGCACCUCCUUCCACGUGAUAGCAAAGACAGAGGAGAGACUACAAUUGAUAAAGCAAAGACAACCUGCAAGAGAAGGAGCCUGAGAGCCUGCUCACUGCCUAGCCUCAGGCCAGAUCCUCAGCAGAAUCACCUCACUUAAGCCCGACCCAGUAAGCCCAGUAAGAUGCAUGGCUUUGUGUCUCCUUCAGACUGGGAGACUGAAGCUUAGAGAGAACCAGUCAACAUCCCAAGCUCAGGCUCCUAUGUUCAUUGCAUACAAUGGGUGAGGUGCUCCUGCUGCAUUUUCCAAUUCUAAAAAUGAGUUACUGAAAUUCACAGAGGGUCAUCAGGCAAGGGCUGUGAUUUAAAGAACAAUGACUUACCGGCCCGCUGGGAGUGCUGGGUGCACGAUUAGGGAGCACACUUUGAACUUUUCAACAAACCCUUUACAAGAGUUCCUAGCAUUCAGAAGAUACGAAACUGAAACUGUGUACAUACCCGAGGCCUUACUGGACCAGAGCACACACCACCAAGGCCAAGUCUUCUAUCUUUCUACAAUGGCUAGAAAUUCUCUAUGAUGGAUCAGGUAUGUUUUAUAACAUAAAAACACGUCACUAACGUAAGAAAUAUACACAUUCUUAAAACAAAAUAAUUUCAUUUAACGAAGUAAGACAUGAACCGAGUUUGUGUUGUUAAAACACAUUUAAGUACUUAUUACUAGAAACCUAGUAAAGCUGCACAAUCCUAUUUAUUUGACAUAAGCCAGUUCACAAGAGUUCCCAACAAUCAUUAUUUCUAAUACACAAUCAUAGGGUGGCUUUGUUAGAGGUAGUUCCUAUUUCUAGAGUUUAAGAUUAUUGCUACUCCAAUUUAGAAGAAGGUGGAAGGCCAGAAGAACAAACUGCAGGUUACAGGUACUCACUCUACAAGCCAACCUCAGACAUCAAUUCUUGAAGUGCCACUGCCUCUUACGGCUUCCUCAUCAAGGCGCCCCAGACCCCUCACUAUGUGAGCUUGUUAUGAGUUAGCUCGUUAAGGGUCCCUGAUUCUUCAUAGGCUUUGAAGAGCAGGUUCCAAUUACAAACCCCAAGGAAUGUUAUCAGCUAUUUAUCAAAAUGAUAAGAAAUGAAAUCUGAAUCAUCUGGACACCAAGAACAGUGUUAAAAGUUCAUGGGCUGGAGUCAGAAGGUUCCUCUUCAGGCAAAUGAGUAUCAGCAAAUCUCCAGGAAUUUACAUCAAAUUAAAAUGUUCAGUUUUAGACGUAAAGUUCGAAGUUUUAGACAUAGCAAUAAGGCAAGAAAAAGAAAUUAAAUGCUUAUGAGUUGGAAAGAAAGGAAUAAAAGCCUCCUUAUUUACAAUGACAUGAUUAACUACAUAGAAACUUGCACAUAAUCUACUUUUUAAAAGCCAGCAGA